GAGGGCGGGGAAAGGGGGAGGAAGCGAGCGGGAGGGGGAUGUGGUGCUCCGCGGCCGCCACCGCAGCUGCCGCUGCCUGCUCGGUGCCGCGUCUCGCCGGAGGCGGCUGCUGGAAGCCGCCGGAGCAGCUGCGGCGCUCUGCCAUAUUGUGUCUUCCCCUGCCCGUCCUUCGCCUCCCCGCUGCGGCGGCCGAGCUGACGAACUAUAAGAGUAAAUGGGUCCAGUAAUUGGAAUGACUCCAGAAAAAAGAGCUGAAAUCCCAGGAGCUGAAAAGGUUGCAGGAUUAAGCCAGAUUUACAAAAUGGGAAGCUUGCCUGAAGCUGUUGAUGCUGCCAAGCCAAAGGCCACUCUAGUGGACAGUGAGUCAGCAGAUGAUGAACUCACAAACUUGAACUGGCUUCAUGAAAGUACUAAUCUUCUAACAAACUUCAGCUUCGGAAGUGAGGGUCUUCCAAUUGUCAGUCCAUUGUAUGACAUAGAGGGAGAUGAUGUGCCAUCCUUAGGACCAUCUUGCUGUCAGAACCCAGAAAAAAAAUCAGCAACUUCAAAGCCUCCAUAUUCCUUUAGUCUUCUCAUUUAUAUGGCUAUUGAACACUCUCCAAAUAAAUGUUUGCCUGUCAAAGAAAUUUAUAACUGGAUUCUGGACCGCUUCCCAUAUUUUGCUACUGCACCAACAGGCUGGAAGAAUUCUGUUCGACAUAAUCUGUCACUGAAUAAAUGUUUUCAGAAAGUGGAAAGAAGCCAUGGCAAGGUUAAUGGAAAAGGUUCCUUAUGGUGUGUUGAUCCGGAAUACAAACCCAACCUUAUGCAGGCUCUGAAGAAGCAACCUUUUGCUUCUCCUGCAUCUCCACAAAGUGGCUCUUUAUCACCUCAUUACUUAAGCUCUGUACUCAAGCAAGACCAGGUGCGAACCCUUAAAGAAUCUGAUAUUGAUGCUGCCACUGCAAUGAUGCUUUUAAAUACUUCUAUAGAACAAGGAAUUUUAGAAUGUGAGAAGCCUCUUCCUCUUAAAACAGCAAUGCAAAAAAAGAGGAGUUACGGCAAUGCAUUUAAUCAUCCCGGUGCUGUGCGGUUACAAGAAAGUGAUUCUUUAGCCACUAGCAUUGAUCCAAAAGAAGACCACAAUUACAGUGCAAGUAGCAUGGCAGCACAGCGUUGUGCAUCCAGGUCUAGUGUGUCUUCCCUGUCUUCUGUGGAUGAGGUGUAUGAAUUUAUCCCAAAGAGUAGCCAUGUGGGAAGUGAUGGCAGUGAAGGAUUUCACAGUGAAGAAGAUACAGAUGUUGAUUAUGAAGAUGAUCCUCUUGGAGACAGUGGCUAUGCAUCACAGGCUUGUGCAGAUACCUCUGAAAAAAGGCAGCCAGGCAAAAAGAUGCGAAAACAGUCAUGUCAGGAAAUUGAUGAGGAGCUCAAAGAGGCAGCUGGAUCUCUGCUCCACCUUGCUGGAAUUCGUACAUGUCUGGGUUCCCUAAUAAGUACUGCAAAAACACAAAAUCAAAAGCAGCGGAAAAAAUAGAAAUACCUGUUAGUGUGAAAUUAUUUUAAAAUGUGGCAAUAUUCUUCUACUUAAUUCUUUACAAGGGAUAUCAAAGCCAUAAUGGACUUGUUUUGUUUUUAGGGUGGGGGAGGGGUGCUAAUUGUUUAUUUCAAAACAUUUUUGUUUGUUUAAUUUUUAUUAAAUAAUUGAUGUUAGGAUCAUGCCCAACCAUAAAUUUGUGAAGUCCUAAAAGCAUAAUUUUUGUGAUAAGUGUCUCCAAGAUUUGAAAAUUUUGUAUAAGAAAAAUCCCCAGCCUCUGUGUUAAACUUGUAGGAAAAAUCUUUUACAUUAAAAAAUGUAAGAAUUGGCAACUCCAUAACUUUUUUUCAUUUUCUUUUCCAAUCUGUAAUUAACUAUAGUUGCUGAUCCAGCUAAAAAUUCCGCUGAUGUCUUUCUCGCAUCCUUCUCUCCUGACACAUGCAGUCCAGUAGGAAGAGAUUUGGAUUUUUUAUCUUGUCAUAAUUUUUGUUUUUAAUUAUUUUUUGUUGAAGCAUGACCAAAGUUGAAUAUAAAUUGAAAAAGAUCCUAGAUGUCUAGAAAGUUCCUUUUGGUUACAGAGGCAGAGAGUACAGUCAUGUGUUGCUUAAUGACGGGGAUAUAUUCUGAAAAAUGCAUCAUUAGCCCGUUUCAUUGUUGUGCAAACAUAGAGUCUACUUACACAAACCUGGAUGGUAUAGCCUGCUACACACCUAGGCUAUAUGGUACUAAUCUUAUGGGACCACUUGUAUAUGUAUGUAGUCCAUCAUUGACUGAAAUGUUAUGUGGCACGUGACUGUGCAGCAAAGAAUUCUGAUUUAGAAAAGGCAUUUUGUGGUGUAAUUUCAUCUAAGAACACUCCAAUUCUUAUUACAAUAUUAUAUUUGAACUUUUUUUACUUCCCAGAUGUUGCAUAGCAUUUAUUGGGGCCUUUAGUUCUUUCUCUUAGUGCUUUGCAACUAUGUUUAAAUUUUAGCCACUAGCUGUCUUUGUUGAGUAGAAACUAUCAAAUGAGAGGAUAUAGCCAUAGAAUGUGUGAUGGAGUUAACACCCAUUUUGACACACCUUUGCAAUAAGAGAAUCUUGCAUUUGCUUGUUAAAUGUACUGUGUUCUGAGAAUCUUGUAGUAGGAAUGGAGUAUAAUCUAAUGUAAACAUUUUGAGUACUUAUUACUUAUGUCAUCA